CGAUACAGUGGACUACUUUCACUGGUCGAUACAAGCUACUGCGAGCUAAGUUAUUCGGCUCGGUUAGACACAGCCAGCGUAGCCUGCUCAUUCAUUCCAGGAAAGGUGAGAACGGCCAGACAGUUAGCUUGGCUUUCUUGAUCACUACUUUAACGUUACUGUCAACUGAAUGGAUCUAUCAGUUAUAGCGUUUCAGGAUAGAUUUUUUUGCUAUUAACGUUUUCAUUUGACGUCAAAAAGUUAUCGCUCGCGGUACAAAGGUGUUCAGCAUUAGCUAACGCUGCCGUUAGUUUGUUAGCAAGACGUCUCACGAUUCACAUAAUUUCACUUUCGGUUGCUAACAGCCUUUCAUCUUUCAUUUUGUGUAUUGCCGAUAUCGUUUAUUUCAGCUCACGUUCGUUUGGUAAGAACAUAAUAGUUGCAAAGAAGUUCGUCAUCCUAACAGCUUAGUAGGCGUAAUAUUAGCAUCAAAACAGUAACCACAAGCUAGCUGUACCACGUCGACUUGUUCUCCUCCAAAGUCAUCCUAGGAUCAAAGUUUCCGGCGGAGACAUGUCUGCCUUCUCUGCCUCAGAACAGAAGGGGAGUGAAAAUGGAAAAGUGGAAUUUUAUCAAAACGCUAAUCAACUCAUGUUACCAGGACACCGGGUGCCCCAUGAGCAACCCCAGACAGUGUUCCUGAUUCUUGACUCAGAGGCAGAACCCAUGAACUUGAUCAGUUUGGAGCCUGUCCUUCCUGAAUCUGGCAUAGUCGCUGACAUAGAAGUCGAAGGCAUUCUAACGUCUGAUUCGGACACGUUCUAUCAGCUGAAGAGUCAGCCCAUCUCUCUCAGUGCCUCUGUGACCCCGGCGGACCCGGCGCCGUCCCUCAGCACCACCAUGACGUCGCGGGUGCUGAUGCGGCAGGAGCUGAUGCGGCAGCAGGCGCGGGACCAGGAGCGGCGCGAGGCCCAGCAGCAGGCCACCAGCGCCCAGCUCCGCGCCGCCAGCGACGCCACGCCCGCCAUCUCCGUGGCGACCAUGCUCCCCGCCGCCAGAGCCGGCCCGGCGCAGGUGCCCGUGGAGGUGCUGAAGGUGCAGACUCACCUGGAGAACCCCACCAGGUACCACAUCCAGCAGGCCCAGCGUCAGCAGGUGAAGGAGUACCUGUCCCACACACUGGGCAACAACGGCGCCAGUCAGCAGCUGGGCAACUCCCCCUCGGCCCUCUCAGGCUCCGCCCCGGAACUGGCCCCGGCAGCCAAUAGCACGCCCAGCAGCCCCAUGGCUGUGCUCAGUCUCAGCUCCAACAAGGAAGAGAUUGAAGACGUCAUCGAGGACAUCAUCAGCUUGGAGUCCAGUCUGAACGAUGACUCCUUCAUCACGCUGAUCGAUUCCAACUUGCAGCUCGCCAACACGCUGCCAGUCUCGGGGAACCUCCUGGAUGUGUACAGCAGCGCCGGGAUGGCCGCUCAGACCAUCGCCGUUAGCAACUCCUGCCCCGCCAACCUGCACAACGUCAAGAGGGAGAUUACCGAUGUAGAGGCCAAGGCACUUAUGAAGGAAAGGCAGAAAAAGGACAACCAUAACCUCAUUGAGCGGCGGAGACGGUUCAACAUCAACGACCGCAUCAAGGAGCUGGGCGCGCUCAUCCCCAAGACGAGCGACCCCAUGACGAACCUGUUGCCGCCCACAUCCCUGGGGGACAGGGACAUGCGCUGGAACAAGGGCACCAUCCUGAAGGCGUCGGUGGACUACAUCCGCAAGCUGCAGAAGGACCAGCAGCGGGCCAAGGAGAUGGAGAUGAGGCAGAAGAAGCUGGAGCACGCCAACCGCAGCCUGCUGCUCCGCAUCCAGGAACUGGAGAUGCAGGCUCGUCUCCACGGCCUCGCUGCCUCAGCGGUCCAGAGCUCCGAGCUGCUGCUGACUCAGCAUCAUCAUCAGCAGCAGCAGCAACAUCAGCAGCAGACAGCGACUCCUCUGGAGGCGGCGGGGGCCGACUGCCUCUCCAAGAGCCUGCUGAGCCUGGGCGGGGGGUCGGCGCUGGGCCAGUCGGCCGCCUCCUCCUUCCUGUCGGAGGCCUCGGCGUCGGUGGCGUCGCCGGGGGCGCUGGGCGGCACGCUGGACCUGGGCACGCUCACCUUCGCCGAGCUCGGCGGCGAUGACGACGACUCGGCCGUCUCCAUCUUCAGCACGGCGCUCAUGGCCGAGAUGGGCCUGGGCGACAUCCUGAUGGACGACGGCAGCGCGCUCGGCGGCUGCGCCCUGUCCCCAGUAGGGGGCGCCGACCCGCUCCUCUCCUCUGUCUCGCCGGGCGCCUCCAAGACCAGCAGCCGCCGCAGCAGCUUCAGCAUGGAAGAGGACUUGUGACGGACCUCCAGGACGCGCCAGUGAGACGUCAAGAGGGUCGAGACUCAAACGCCGAACUCCGCGAGGCUCUCGAAAGCCACAUCGUCCCUUUCCUCCCACCGGGGAUGUCGCCGUGGAGACACCAUGACGUCAGACGUCCACUUUCAUAUUGAGUUGUUUUCGGGCCAACUGUAGCGUAGCGCUUUGGCAAUGUGGACCUUCUGGCAUCUUCUGAUAGUGCUGUGUUUUAGCAGAGCUGUCCCCGCUCCCGCUCCCCCUCAGCCCCCCCCCUCUUCUGCUCCACACAUCGCCCUCUCUCUCCGGCCCCUGGCGUGGCCCCUGGAGGUGUCCGUCGGCCCCUUCAGCCUCGCUGUUCUAGCCACGCGCGCACAAGUCGGUUUUAGUGGGAACAGGUUCAGACCGUUCAUGGACAAUGCAAUGCAGAGGAUCUUUUUUUUUUUUUUUUUUUAAACCUCUUAGGCUUCCCCGUCAUCGACAUGAACUAUAUGUGAUAUAGAUUUGAUGUACAUACACCACAGACUUAGGGACAAACCGUUUAAACUUCCCCUUUAUCAUGCCCAUCUAAUGUCACUGUACAGCUUUAAAAAUAGGCCUGAGCUCCCUAUUCACUGUAUACACAAGCCAAUGAUUUUGUCAGGAUACCCGCUGUCUCAAUUAUGUUUUAGCAAACAAGGAGACGGAGCAGAAUAGCUGAUAUGAUGUGGGUUCUGUCAGACCAUCAGGCAUUGCAUUUAUAUCAUCUAUCAUUUUUUUUAACUCAUCAUGAUGAACAUAGAGCUGCUUUCUUUUGCUGGGAAAGCCAUCUUACAUGAAAGGGAUAGAUCAGCAUUGGAGAUUUAUAGCACACAUACACACAUACAUCAGUCUUUUCAAAACAAGCCUUUUUUUUAAAAGCCAUCCGUGAAUGAGGUAAAUGAUGGUCUGCUCUAGGUCAGAAGGAGAGGUAUGUGUAGAAUGCUCAGGAAAAAAAGAGCAGAAAAUAUGAACUUCCUGUUCAGCUGUUUUUUCCCCCAUUUUCUCUCUUUUUUUAGUCUGCUGGGAUUUUUUUUUUGCGUGUCUGUCUUUCCUGUGGAUUUUGCUGGAGCCGAGAGGUGGUGAUAGCAAAGCAGAGAAGCCAGUUUCGUGUGUGUGUGUGUGUGUGUGUGUGUGUGUGUGUGUGUGUGUGUGUGUGUGUGUGUGUGUGUGUGUGUGUGUGUGUGUGUGUGUGUGUGUGUGUGUGUGUGUGUGUGUGUGUGUGUGUGUGUGUGUGUGUGUGUGUGUGUGUGUGUGUGUGUGUGUGUGUGUGUGUGUGUGUGUGUGUGUGUGUGUGUGUGUGUGAUAGAGAGAGAGAGGUUUACACUUGAGGGAGGAUGUGAGUGAAAAGAGAUCGGUAGAACAUCUUGCUCAACAGUCCCUCAGAGUUUGUCAUUUCUAGUUGAGAUGGCCUUUGUAUUAUACUUUGUCUUUGUAAUAUUCUCUGUGUUGUUUUUACAUAGUAUAUUUUCUUAACCCUUCCACCUGUAAAUGGAGGUCAUGCAUGAAUUCACUCAUUGAUGGCAUAGGCGAGAUUAGGUGCAGGAUUUUCCUCUUUGAUUGCGAGUAAUCUCGGCAUGGCCCGUUGGCGUGUGUGUAGAGCCCCCCCCCCAUUGAUCAGAUGGCAACAAAGACUUAAUUUCCUGUCUGGCACCAUGCGCACAUUUUGAUUCAGGUCAUGCGAAGCGUCCAAAUUCCUAUCGGACACAGCAGCACAUAAAUGAAAAACCUGUUUAGUGUAGCGGUGCCCCUUUUGUGAGUCUCAAUCAUGCCCCUGUGCAUAAUCCUGUCUUAUAAUGUCUGCGUCAGAGCUGAGUUCCUGUCAAACGCGUCAAAUUCCAGUCGGCAAAGCUGCUGUAAGCAGUUCCUGGUAACUUCAGCCAGAUGGGAGGGUCCACCCUUUGCUCUCUGUGUGCUGUGCUCACGUUAAAUAAUUGGCAGGCAAGUCUUCUGUGUUCUUUCCAGAGCUGCCCAGAUUUCUUCAUUGCUGAGCGAGUUCAGGAGAGUCCCCCUGUUCCGUUUCAAGUUGGCUCUCUCAAUGUAAGGAUAUCUAGCAAGAUGAGGUUGCUGUAAAAAAAAAAAAAGCUGUGGUUUACGGUAGUUUUACUCGCUGCGUAUCCAGUUCAAUCAUUCCUCUUUUCUUUCUCUUGUACAGAUCUCGCCCCUCCAUGCAUGUUUUCUGCGUAGCAGCGCUAACAGAAAUAGUCAUGUAACAUAACACUGGUUUUGCAUGGCCCUGACUAAGUGAGCAUCUGGAGAGUUGUGCCCAAUUUUGUCCAACUCUCAUGAUGCCUGCGUAGUCAUGUUCGGACACAGUGAUCGUUUAUAUUUGGCCUUAACAAAGGGAUAAUAGACUUUACUGGUUAGUGGUGUAAAUGGUGCUGAAUUUUGUGUUUGUCACUCUUUGAGUCGGACAAUUGUUUUAUCGUUCCGUUCUGUAUUUCUGCAUCAUGGUUUUUUUUUAGGCAGAAAGAAAAUUCCAAUGAGUUUUUCCAAGUGGGCUUUUUAGAACGGCCAAUAGGUUCCUCUUGAGAGAGAGAGAAAAGUUUUGUACUUUUGUUCGUGGAUGCCACAACAGCAACGCACAGAUCAUGUAGGGGACACUGACAGCAUGGCCCACGCCAAAGCCCCAGGACCUGGUUUUGCAGAAAUCAGUCAGCUAAAUGAAGGAGAAACCUUCAUUGUUCAGUCUUCACUGUCAAAAAGUCCAAUGUUACCUUGUCAACACAUUAGGACAGCUAGAUGUUCUGUUCUCGGCUGUUCGUUCAUACUGUACAUGGCUUGUUUCUGGUUGUGUGUCAAGCAAUAUGAUUGGAGGACGAGAGUAGCCAACACUUUUAUGUGUCGUUGUGACAGCACUUGUAAAGACAAUUACAUUUUUUUUAAAUCCUCCCAAUAAUAUUUACAAAGAAGAGUAUUUUUAUUCAAUUUUUAGUUUAUCACAAAAUGCCAUUAUCUACUGAAAGUGAAUUAUACAAGUCAAUAAUUAAUUGUGAACCAUAUACAUAUCUAUCUACAUAUAUAUGAAUAUAAUAAUCAUAGUUUGUUAGAAAGUUUAUUUUCUUUAAUACUGUUUCAUUGUGUAGACAAAAGUCUAUCAAAACUUGUGGAGAGAGAUUUUUUAAUAAUAGUUUUAUGAGCAGUGAGGUUCUAAUGGAUUAAAUGCAGGACAUUUCAGUGGAACCCAUGUAGCAUAAGGGAAUGCCUUGUGUGUGGGUCGCAUGUGUGUGUGUGCAGCCGUGAGUGAGUCCUGUCCCGUGGUUGAGUUCUGACCGUGUCCAGUGUCUGUGCUGUAGGCCGACUUCACCCACUCCAACGCAAACAUGAUGAUGUCAUUGGCACAGCCUCUUGUGUUGUGGCCGCCCUGCCUGCCUGCCUGUCUGCCUUGCCUAACCCUGCACAUUCAGCAUGGUGGUUAACAUGGUAUACUUGGUCUCCAAAAAGAUAAAAAGACAUGUGUGCAAGUUCCUAUCCAAUUGUUGUGAACUGUGAUGUGUGAAGUGUUUGUGCAGUCGCGAUCAAGUCACCACAUUUGCUGCAGACACGCGUAUCUUAGUUUGCUGGUUGCGGAACCACCAUAAAUGGUGUCUUUUUUUUUUCAUGGCACAUAAUGUGGACACCCUGACAGAAUAUUCAGUGUCGUUACGAAUACCCUUAAGUGAGGCAUUUACAAUGAAGUGUGAGCUUUCAUGAAUUGUUCUUCAACCAUGUUUUUUUUGAGAGAAAAGUAUAAGAAUCAAUUGAAAACAAACAUUUUGUGGCAUUUCCCCCCCAUGAGACAUUUAAAAAAUGUUCGAGACACCUUAUAUGUGUAAAAUAUUUUGUAUGUCCUGGCUGUAAUGUGCAAUUAAUGUGUACUACAACGAGAAAAAAAAGAAAAUAAAUUACAAUACCUUCAUCAUAUACACUAGACAUGUGAUCAGGACUGUAGUGGAGCCAUAUGAUACAUGGUAAUGUUUACUUUACAUCUCUUUUGAGUUGUAUUUUAUGAUAAUCAUAUGCAGUGCACAAGUGAGACCUCGCUGAGACAUGAAAGGGAAUUUUUGAUGUCUUCUGUCUGUCGUGUUGUCGUUCCUCUCACUUCUGCUUAGGGCUGAGGAGUGUGGGUGCUGUCAUAGGCUGUUAGCACCACAGCUAUACGUGACAGCGGUUUUCAAUUCCCUUUGUUUUAGUCACUGACUGGGUAUGUUAUUUUUUACCUUUUAUGUAAAAGAUCUAUUAAAAGUGAUUAAAAACUUUC